AACACAAUUAAUACACAAAAAGCAACCAUGCAUUUACAGAUACUACUUGUAGUGGUAGUUAUGGCAUCUUUGGGGGCAGCAAGUGCUCAAGGGAAGUCGCACUGUAAAAAAACAUGUGGUAAUGUGACUAUCGAGUACCCGUUUGGUUAUGAUGAGGAAUGCUACUACAAUUCAAAUUUCCUAGUAACCUGUAACCAAACAUCCGGUAAGCCCGUACCGAUCCUUGGUGUAGGGACAACCAAUAUUGUUAUUUCAAAUAUGUCGAUGGACAAGGGCGAGUUGGAGAUUUUGAUGUUUGUAGCCAGUCAUUGCUACAACAGCUCUGGUUCCACUGGUAGGUUAGAUGCAACUAUGAGGUUGGGGAAAAUUGGGACGGAUAUCCGGGUCUCAACCAAGAACAAGUUUGUUGCAAUUGGGUGUGACACGUUGGCGUUUUUAAGAGGAACAAGGGGUCCGAGGAUUGAUGUUACAGGAUGCAAUUCUAACUGUGGUAGGAGAAGCCUUUUUACAAAUGGAUCUUGCACAGGAGUUGGGUGUUGUGAAGUAGCAGUUCCAGAAGGAAUGAGCGCUUUCAAGAUUAUAGUAACAAGCAUUAAUAACCAUACAAAUAUAACCGACUUCAACCCUUGUAGCUAUGGCUUUUUUCUUAAAAAUGGGAACUUCAACUUUUCAACCAGUGAUCUGCGUCAUUUUCAAACUCCCAGGAUGCCAAUGUUACUUGACUGGGCAAUUGGAAACUUGACUUGUGACAUAGAAACAGAGAGAAAUACUUUGAUAUGCAAGGGAAACAGCGAAUGCGAUCGAAAUUAUACAGGUCCUGGAUACCGCUGUAGCUGCAAAAAUGGUUAUAAGGGCAAUCCUUAUAUUGAAAAUGACUGCGAGAAUAUUAAUGAGUGUAUAAAUGGUAAUCAUGAUUGCCGACAUGAAUGCAUUGAUGAAGAAGGAAGCUAUACAUGUAAAUGUCGAAAAGGCUACUCUGGUGAUGGGAAAAAAGGCGGAACAGGUUGCAAUGCAGAUCAAUCAAUGGUUAUAAAGAUUGCAGUAGGUUCCUCUGCUGCUGCCAUAUUUCUGAUUGUGUUUGUCAACUGGUUGUACUUCGGACUCAAGAAACGUAAGCUUAUGAAGCUUAGAGAAAAAUUCUUUAGGCAAAAUGGUGGAAUAAUGUUGCAGCAACGAAUUUCUAGAGAUAAAGGUUCUGGUGAUCAGGCGAAGGUGUUCACCAUAGAGGAACUUAAGAGGGCAACCAACAACUAUGAUGAGAGCAGGAUUAUAGGAAAGGGUGGCUAUGGCACGGUUUAUAAAGGAGUACUAUCAGAUAGUAGAAUAGUUGCCAUAAAGAAGUCCAAACUAGCAGAUCAAAACGACACCCAGAUAGAGCAAUUUAUCAACGAAGUGAUCAUCCUUUCUCAAAUCAAUCACAGAAAUGUGGUGAAGCUGAUUGGAUGUUGCCUGGAAUCAGAGGUCCCAUUAUUGGUUUAUGAAUUCAUUCCAAAUGGCACAGUCUCUGAUCACCUUCACAACAAAGGCAAGUCGUCUGCUAUUACUUGGGACAUUCGUCUUAGAAUAGCACAUGGAGCAGCUGAGGCCCUUUCGUAUUUGCAUUCUGCAGCAUCUGUCCCAAUCAUCCACCGAGAUGUCAAGCCAACGAAUAUACUCUUGGAUGAUAAUUAUGUAGCAAAAGUUGCUGAUUUUGGAGCAUCAAAGUUAAUUCCUAUGGAUCAGAAUGAGGUGGCGACAAUGGUGCAAGGAACACUAGGCUACUUAGAUCCUGAAUAUUUGCAGACGAACCAGCUGACAGAUAAGAGUGAUGUUUACAGCUUCGGAGUAGUAUUAGUUGAACUUUUAACUGGAAAAAAUGUUCUAAACUUUGAGAGGCCAGAGAAAGAGAGAAAUCAAGCCAAGCAUUUUCUAUCUUCUUUGAAAGAGGGACGACUCUUGCAGGUUCUUGAUGAACAGUUGCAGCAAACUGAAAAUCAUAACGAGAUCAUUACAGUCUCGAGACUUGCGGAAAGAUGCUUACAUGUUAAAGGAGAUGAAAGGCCUACCAUGAAGGAAGUAGCGAUGGAACUGGAAGGAAUAUUGUCAUCAAAGAUACAAAAGCAUCCGUGGGUGAAACAUACUUUGAAUGAAGACGAAGCUGAGUAUUUGCUUAUAGAACCAACCAUUAAUGUCUAUGAAUUCGAAGAGGGAGCUAAUGCAAGUUCAAGUACCUUUGAUAGCAUGAGCAAGCAUUCAAUAUUACCCAUUGCUAGUGGCAGGUAAGUGUACAUACCUAAAAGAGUCCAGACAAGUUUGACGUUUGUUAAAAAGGAAACAAAAAUCUCCAGGUCCAAAAGGUAAACCAGCCUCGACCCAAGGUAAAAGCUCCAACUAAUUUUGUAGUUGCAAUUUAGCUCUUGUGUAGCAUCCUCUCAUUUCUCCGUUUAGUUAUGAUAUAUUUUAAUAUACAGAUUAUUCCCUCAAUGUAUUAGACCUGUGUUUUGUAAGCAAU